UUGUCUGCAUGAAGCUGAAGGAGCUUUGGAAAAGACCUGAUCUCAUCACCAGACGAACUCAAUCAAGGAUUCCGAGCGGGAACGUGAUGCCUGCAGCUGAAGUCAUGUCACACACUGUACCCAAUCACGUCCUGAGAGUGGGUCAAACGGUGUGCCUGAACACGGCUGUCGUCGAGGAUGAGCGGAGCAACCGUGAGGAUGUCGACCUCGACAUCUCCCUGAACAAUCUCAACAAACUCAUCCUAGAAAUGGAUCCGACAUUUGAACCGAUCCACGUCAACAAGCGCCCCUCAGACAGCGACUCGCCUACAGAUGAAUUUGAUCAUCGGUCUGGAGUCCAGCUGGUCCCCAGAGGGUGCUCUCCAGGCCCCACAGUGAUCACGUCACCCUGUAUCCCCAUCCCGACUCCCAGCUGCAGCCCUCAUGGAAGCGUGGUGUUUUCUGGGUCCCCGUCGUCCACACUCCCGCCGCUUCCGUGCGGGUCUUCACCCCGUCGACGCGCCUCCUCCAGGAACGAGGUCAGCUACUCGCAGGGGUGUCUGCUGCCCUCUCACUCCAACAGAAACAGCGUCGCCUCCCUCCUCUCCAUGUCCACAUGCUCGGAUACCAGCUAUAUCCUUGGCAGCACCCUGUCUUUGGCCAGCGAAGAUGCUGACUCGCCAGAAUCACUCAUCGCCUGCAUGUCUGGAGCCUUCAGUGACGGGUCCAGGCAGAGAUACUCUGGGCUCAGCCCAGACAAACCCUCACUGACCAGGCAGGAGCAUUUAAAGGAACCCACCAGCGCUCAGAGCAGUCCAGCAUCCCUCGCUGGCUCACUCACGGAUAUUCCUGUGCUGCUGGUCAAUGGAGCUCCUCAGCUGGACCUGCAUAUCGAACCGGAGCAACCACAGACAAGUCCUCGCAGUUACAAAUGUCAAUUCAGCGGCAGCCAGCCGUCGAUGAAGUUCGUCAUGGACUCCUCAAAGUACUGGUUCCGUCCCAAUAUCAGCCGUGCAGAAGCUGAGGCCCUGGUGAAGGACAAAGAAGCAGGAACCUUCGUGGUGAGAGACAGCACUUCCUACAGGGGCAGUUUCGGGUUGGCCAUGAAAGUGGAACAGAUCCCAACGGAUUCCUCUGUGACUGCCUACCCAGGGGAGAGCAGCUCUGACCUCGUACGCCACUUUCUGAUUGAGUCAUCGGCGAAAGGAGUGCGCAUCAAAGGCUCUUCCAGAGAACCGUAUUUCGGAAGUCUCUCAGCCCUGGUUUACCAGCACAGCAUCUCCGCUUUUGCUCUGCCCUGCAAGCUGCUGCUGCAGUCCCAUGACGAAACCACAGGAGGAGAAAGUUCAAACCACAGUGCAGCAGAAAACACAGCGACAGCCUCUAACUUCAUCUAUCUGAACGCCGUCCCCACCGAGAUGCUGACCGGACCGUGUGCGGUGGAGAAGGCCGUGACCUCCACGCUCCAGAUGCAGUCGGGCUCUUUCACGCCGACGAUCGUCAACAUGAAGGUUUCGGUGAAAGGUGUUACUUUGACGGAUAUCAACAGGAAGCUCUUCUUCAGGCGCCACUAUCCUGCUCACCUGCUCAGCCACGGCGGUGAAGAUCCGGGCAAACGACUGUGGAGAAAAGGGACAAACUUUGAUUCUAGGUUGUUUGGGUUCGUGGCGAAAGGCGUGGAGGCCAACAUGGAGAACGUCUGUCACGUCUUCGCUGAGUACGACCCGCUGCAGCCGCUCGACUCCGUCGUCAAACACUUCAAGAAGCUGUAGUGAACUUGUUGAUUCAGAGGCGAAUGUGUAAUCUACGACACGUGAGGCUCGUGUGCAAGACUGAAAACUCACUGUAAAAAUUGUUCAUUGAAAGCUUGAAAAUGUUUUUUUUUCCUUCCUUUGUAAUUUUUAUGACUAUUCUGCCAUGCACUUAAGUUGUCUGCCGUUGUGUCAUGAAUGCACUAUGAUGAAAAAAUGAUGCUGAUGUAAAAUUGCGCUGAUAUAUACAUGAUUAACAAUCAAAUGUAGCGUAUUCCAAAAAGCUUCUGUUAUGAAAGAUAUGAUAUUGUAAUAAUGCAAUGUGUUAAAAUGUAUUUAUUUGAAAAUGAUGUAUGUUUCUGUACUUUUAUUACUGUAUCAAAGUUUAAUAAAAAUGAUGUUUAAA